AUGGCUAGUAAUUUGUUACGUGCCUUGCUACAAGAGGAAGAGGAUGACGACGAUGAUGAUUAUGCGACCUUAUUAGCAAUUGCAUCUUUGGAAGAACACCACUCCAGCGAAUGUCAAAGUUCUCGUCGUCGUGGUUCCAUUCCAAGGCACGCUGUAAUUCAACGCAAUAGAGCUGAAGGUCACGAGAGGCUUUUUCAUGAUUAUUUUAGUGAAUCUCCUGUGUAUCCAGCAAAACUAUUUCGAAGGAGGUUUCGUAUGCAUCGCCCACUAUUUUUGCGUAUUUUAUUCGCAGUGGAAACACAUGAUUCCUACUUUGUCCAAAAACGGGAUGCUGCUGGGAAAAUUGGUUUAUCCUCACUACAGAAAGUAACUGCUGCUAUGAGGAUGCUUGCUUAUGGUGUAUCAGCAGAUUCUGUGGAUGAUUACGUGCCGAUUGGAGAAAGCACCGCUAUAGAGAGUCUCGGCAGGUUUACCAAAGCAAUUGUUGUAAUUUUCGGUGAUGAGUAUCUAAGGUCACCAACUGACGAGGACACUGCAAGAUUGCUUGCAAUUGGCAACGGUGAUGAGUAUCUAAGGUCACCAACUGACGAGGACACUGCAAGAUUGCUUGCAAUUGGCAAACAACGAGGAUUUUCUGGGAUGUUAGGAAGCAUUGACUGCAUGCAUUGGAGAUGGAAGAAUUGUCCGGCUGCGUAUCAUGGUAUGUAUACUGGUCACAACCACACUCCUACAAUAAUUUUAGAAGCUGUUGCUUCCUAUGAUCUUUGGAUUUGGCAUGCUUAUUUUGGUUUACCGGGAGCUCUUAAUGACAUUAAUGUGUUAGAACGGUCUUCCGUUUUUUCUCAACUUGCUGAAGGGCAUGGUCCGACUGUUAAUUAUACAGUCAAUGGUCAUGAAUACACGAUGGGAUACUACCUUGCUGAUGGUAUAUAUCCGUCAUGGGCAACAUUUGUUAAAACAAUUUCUUUACCACAAGGAAAUAAAAGAAAACAUUUUGCUACACUUCAAGAGUCGGCAAGAAAGGAUGUAGAGCGAGCAUUCGGGGUACUCCAAUCACGCUUUGCAAUUGUGCGUGGACCAGCUCGCUCUUGGGAUGAGAAAAUAUUGAAAAAUAUUAUGCAAGCAUGCAUAAUAAUGCAUAACAUGAUUGUUGAAGAUGAAAGAAAUGAUGAGUAUAUCGACUUCACGUACGAUGCUGCUGAGGAAGCCCCAACUAUAUCAGUGUCUCACAAACGUACAAUAGAUUUGUGUGAAUUUAUUCAGAAUCAUCAUCGCAUUAGAGACAGACAAACUCAUUCUCAAUUGCAAUUGGAUCUUGUCGAACAUUUAUGGGAACGAAAUGGUGGGCUUUAG